AUGACAUUCUGCCCUCACUUGUGUGGUACUGAAGCAGCUACUGUUACCCGUUUUGUGAAUGGGCUUCCAGCUGAGUAUCGUGGGUUCUGUAGGAGUAAGACUACCUUGAGUUUGGCUGUUGAUGAGGCCAAGCGUGUGGAGUAUGACUUGGGGUCCAGGGUUAGGAAAGACGGUAAUUCUGGUUUUAAAAGGAGCAAUGACAGGUCUUCAGGAUCGAAUAAAAGGUUUAAGGGUAAUUCUUCCAAUAGCAGUAAUGAUAAGAGGAUUGGGACUUGGUGCGAUAGAUGCAGGUCUAAGCAUACUGGGCAGUGUACUAUUAGCACUCUUCGUUGUAAUAGGUGCACCGCUACAGGUCAUUUGGCUAAAGAUUGUACUGGGGAGGCUCGUUGUUAUAGGUGUAAAAAGACUGGACAUCAAAUUGCUGAUUGCCCGCAAGCAAAAGAGGGUGAGAAAAAGAAUGAGCGACCGAGGACUACAGCUCGUGCCUUCAACAUGACAGCUGAACAAGCUCGAUCAGAUGAUGAGGUAGUUAGCGGUACCUUUAUUAUUAAUUCUUCUCUUACUAAUGUGUUAUUUGACUCUGGUGCAAAUAGAUCUUUUGUGUUUACUUUAUUUGCUCCUAAGCUUGGUACAGUAACUCACCCAUUAGAUACACCAAUUGAGGUUGAGAUAGUUGAUGGUCGUACUUCUAUGGUUCGCAAUGGCUUCUUUGAUUGUUCUAUUAAGAUAGAGGGUCAUUCUUUUUCUAUUGACUUGUUGCCCACUACUGUUUCUAGCUUUGAUAUUGUCGUGGGUAUGGAUUGGAUGUCUAAAAGUGGUGCUGUUAUUCUCUGUUCUAAGAAGAUUGUGCGUAUCACUACUCCAGAUGCUGAUGUAGUUUCUGUCUAUGGUGAUAAACAAAAGGGUAGUGUGAAGAUUGUUUCUCUUGUGAAAGCUCUUAGAUGUAUCCGACAGACUAAGAAUCAUUCUGAUCAUUUUCUGGCUUAUGUGAUUGAUUCACGGAAAGCUAAUCCUUCUAUCUCUGAUGUUGAUGUUGUAGCUGAGUUUCCUGAUUUCUUUCCAGAUGAUCUUCCUGGUCUUCCUCCUUAUAGAGAAGUAGAGUUUCCUAUUGAUCUUAUUCCUGGUGCUACCCCUGUUGCUAAAGCACCUUAUCAUCUCACUCCUACUGAGAUGAAGGAGUUGAUGUCUCAACUCCAAGAGUUACUUGAUAAGGGGUUUAUUCAUCCGAGUUCCUCACCUUGGGGUGCUCCUAUUCUGUUUGUAAAGAAGAAAUAUGGUUAUAUGAGGAUGUGUAUCGAUUAUCGUGAGCUUAACAAGCGAACGGUGAAGAAUAAAUAUCCUCUUCCUCGUAUUGAUGACUUAUUUGAUCAGUUGCAGGGUGCUUCUUAUUUUUCUAAGAUUGAUUUGCGGUCUGGUUAUCAUCAGUUGAAGGUGGAUGGAGAAUAUGGCGAAAGUACGAACUAA